AGAGAGAAAAACUGCAGGGGAGUCUCUCCAGUUUGAUAGGAAGAGCGUAGCGUAGAAGAGGUGCUCAGAGCAGUUGACUGGCCGUGCGUGCUCUCACAAAACAGCCUCUCAAUCAGUGCACUGGGCUAUGCUUAUUCAGGAAAAACACACACACAUACAAAAACACACACAAAGAGGAAGGAGCUGGGAGCUGGGAAGGCAGCCCAGUAGAUGGAAACCAAAUGGGGCAGAGCGCCCGAGUUUAAGAACCAGCAGCUGUCUCAAGGGGGGCAGGGGGGGGCCUCCAGACAAGCAUCAGCCAGCCAGUCAACUGGCCAGCCAUGGGGAGCUGCCAGGCGGCAGAGAGAGAGAGGAGAAACCAGAAGAGCAUGUACCCAGCAGGACAGACCCUACCAGCAGCCCUGCAGCUCCCCAACACCAGACAACCACUUCUACCAGAGAUGCAAGACAAGCGGGCUGAGUGGAUGCUGACUAAUUAGCUCUCGCCCCUGAGCGGUUUAACCAGGGGUUGAAGGGGGGUUGCGGUCAACAGAUGUGGUCAUUGCGGAGGGCCAUGGGGCCAGAGCCAUUGCGGGGGCGCUGUCUGCUCAGGUGGCUCGGGUUGAAGGUGUGCCGCAGGAGCACGCUGGUGUUCGCCCUGCUCUGGUUCGGCUCCUGGGUGUUCCUCAAUGGCCUGGUGUUUGUGCACCGGACCAUCCUCUCCGACUACUGCACAGACGACAAGAGCAAGAAGAUCCUGCAGAGAGUGUGUGAGGAGUAUCGUGAGGGCGCCCUGACCGGUGACCUGUGCGAGGACCUGUGCGUAAGCGGCCAGGUGGAGUACAGGCGCUGCCUCUACUACGAGAAUGGUAAGAAGGUGAUCGAGGCCCGGUGGCGUGGCACGCCCGUGGUGCUCAAGUCCAAACUGGAAAACUUCUCCUCCUAUGAAAGCCUGGGCCUCCUGGAGUACCAGGACCCAGCCGAAGAGCUCUCUCCCCUGGACGUGGUCUUCUACGCCACCCUGGAGAUCAGGAACUCCCUGGGGCUGGACAUAAGCGGCAACGCCUCACUGCCGCCGCUGUGGGGCCAGAAGCUUAGGGAGCAUGGGCGGACCUACUCGCGGGCCGAGCUGGCAUCGCUGUGGUCCCUGCUCCAGCAGGAGGAGUACACUUUCCUGAGGGUGCUGCAGGACCUCAGCCGCCACUUAGCGAAGGUGUUGGGCUCCUGCGGACACUUCUACGCCGUGGAGUACCUGUCGGCAGGCCACGCCUGGGACCAGAACAUCUUCUCGCUGGAGGAGGUAUCGGCGGGCCCAUGGACGGCGAGGGACAUGGUGCACCGCAUCGCCCUCAGCUUCCUGGACAUGGCGUGGCGCUUCGACAACGACUUCUCGCACCGCCUCCACCUGUGUGACAUCAAGCCGGAGAACUUUGCUAUCCGGAAGGACCUUACGGUGGUGGCUAUAGAUGUGGACAUGGCUUUCUUCGAGCCCAAAAUGCGAGACAUUCUCGAGCAGAACUGCACUAACGACGAUGACUGCAACUUCUUUGACUGCAUAUCAAAAUGCAACAUGAAGACGAACAAGUGCAGCUCAAAGCGGAGAAAUAGCAACCUGCAGGUGAUCUGUGAGAAGAUCUUUAGGCCCUGGUUCUCUCCCACGCUGCUGGGCGCCAAGGCGGGCCUCCCCCUCCAGGUGGACCUCCAGCGGGUGGUGCAGGAGUGUGUCAAGACUGUGGGGGGUGAGGACGAGGAGCAAGACCGGGCUGUCCAGAAGCGGCUGCUGGACCUCCUCACGGGCCUCCUCCACCAGGGGACAUCCUCUGAGCAUUGGGGCGAAGGGGGCGAAGAUGGCGAGGGCAUUCACCCUCACAGCUCUUAACUUCUGAAGCAUUGCACUGUUCACCCUCACAAAAACGAUACAGUGGAGAAACCAACUGUAUUGGCUUCAUGAGACACUUAUUUAACGUUUUGAUGUUUUGCAUUUUGUGAGGUGGUUCCUGAGGACUGGAUGAUACUGGUUGUUGAAGUGACAAAAGAUGCACUGAUGGUGGUAGCACUGACUAUGUGCCUUUAGAACCUAUAGUAAGCAGACUAUGGCAGUUUCAGAGGUAGUACUGUAGCAUCUGCCAAUAAUUGGUGGUCUAUCAAGCAAGUGGUCAAUCUAUUUGAGUCAUCUUUACCUCAAAUAAAUGCAGAAACUUUC